ACAAAACGAAAUCGAAAAGGAGGUGUGAGGGGAAGCCGGGAAGGGGGAGUCGCCGUGUCGGCUCUUUUGUUCUUUCCUUUUUUCUUCUUCUUCUUCGCAGGUAAGAAUUUACCUCCUUUUCAUGGCCAUAAGGCCACUCCGCCUAUUUCAGGAAUAUCGUAUAGUUUCUUUCUACCUCGCAACGCUUACUUCCUCCGCGUGUUCUUCACAUCUCAAUCUUCUACCGGUGAGAACCGAAAGAGUACCCCUUUCAGGCAUCAGGAAGAUCUUCUGUGUUUCUCCACUCGCCUACGCAGAGCAAGAACGAUCGUUGCGUAAUUGCAUUUCGUCAUCCCUAACGGAAAAACUGGCGCAGAAGAUAGGAAAAUCUAUCCGCAGGCCCGGUGCCGCUUCAAAGGCUAGGGUUCAUGCCGAUGUGAAUGUACUCCGACCUAAAGAAUACUGGGAUUACGAGUCCCUUGCCGUCCAAUGGGGGGAACAGGACGACUAUGAAGUGGUUAGGAAGGUUGGAAGGGGUAAAUACAGCGAGGUCUUUGAAGGUGUCCAUUGCACUAAAAAUGAGCGAUGUGUUAUAAAGAUCCUCAAGCCCGUAAAGAAGAAGAAGAUCAAAAGGGAGAUUAAAAUACUGCAGAACCUUUGUGGAGGGCCUAAUAUUGUGAAAUUGCUGGAUAUUGUCAGGGAUCAGCAAUCAAAAACUCCUAGCUUCGUAUUUGAAUAUGUGAACAAUACGGAUUUUAAAGUGCUUUAUCCAACAUUAACAGACUACGAUACUCGAUAUUACAUCUACGAACUUUUGAAGGCACUGGAGUAUUGCCACUCACAAGGUAUUAUGCACCGAGAUGUGAAGCCCCACAAUGUAAUGAUUGAUCAUGAGCAGCGUAAGCUUCGUCUUAUAGAUUGGGGGCUUGCAGAGUUCUAUCAUCCAGGAAAAGAGUACAAUGUUCGGGUCGCUUCAAGAUACUUUAAAGGCCCAGAACUUCUAGUUGAUUUGCAAGACUAUGAUUAUUCUUUAGAUCUGUGGAGCCUUGGUUGUAUGUUUGCUGGAAUGAUAUUCCGUAAGGAGCCAUUUUUCUAUGGGCAUGAUAAUUAUGAUCAACUGGUCAAAAUAGCCAAGGUUCUUGGGACCGAUGAAUUAAAUGCAUAUCUGAACAGAUACCGAUUGGAGUUGGACCCACACCUUGAGGCCCUCGUUGGGAGGCACAGCAGGAAACCAUGGACGAAGUUUGUUAACUCUGAUAAUCAACAUGUAGCAGUUCCAGAGGCAAUUGAUUUUCUUGACAAGUUGCUGCGGUACGACCACCAAGAAAGGCCAACUGCAAAAGAAGCAAUGGCUCAUCCUUAUUUUCUUCCAGUGAAGAGUGCAGAAAGCAGCAGGACUCGUACCCAAUUAGUUUGAAUUCUACAUCCUGAUCCAAAAUCAGAUUGGGUUCCACCACUGAUCAAUAAUGGGGUCUCACUAGUUUUUCUAUGUAUGAUGAGAUAUAAUUAUGGGAUUUGUCUGAAUGACACCUCUUUAGGUGUAUCUAGAAAUGUUAACCCUCUUUUAAUGGCCAUUGUCUUAUAUCCGUAAGUCCUUUAAAUCAUAGGGUGAAAAUGGAUUUUCAAAUUAUUUGAAAGUGACGUACUGUUAUAUCAUUUUCAACAACUGUCAUCAAGUCCCGCACAAUUUUCAAGUGCGUAUGUGAUGGAUCUUUCCCUAAUCGAGAGAAAAAGUGUUGUAUUAAGAGGGCAAGAAAAUAAGAUUACAAAUUAUUUGACACCUUAAGAGGUGUCAAUAAGAAAAUCCCUAUAAUUAUUGUUAUUAUUUUAGUUUUGGUCAGGAUUGUCUUUAUGAACUUGAACUUUUCCAGGAAUAUCUGUGCUGUUCACUGAUCAGUAAAGAUCUAAACCUUAUAUUUGGAUUCA